AUUAAUGAGUGAUAACCAAUAUUAGAAAUUAAUAGUUUUAGACAUUGCUUGGCGGUAAAUUUGAAAUUCUUGUUCAAAUAAUAGAUUUCGUCGUGAACACAUGAUAAUAUUAUCGAAAUAAAUUUUCAUCUAGUAAGAAAGGACGGCACUGCGCAAACGCCUAAAAUUACGCGCUGGAAGAGUCAACGUGCGUACAGUUCUUCUUUCCUUGUUGAUAAACAUUAAGAACAAUAAAUCGAUAGUGGUGUUCGACGAUCGACUGCAUUGUUCAUCGUCGAUCCUAAGUAGUAAAGAGUAUAUUCAUAAUAGUGGCGUCAAUUAAAAAAACGACAAAACGACGGCGUGUCAAGGAAAAGACGACGUCGAACGUGACGUUGAGGUUAUGGAUAAUUUCGUGAAGAUUGAAAAAAUAGGGGAAGGAACGUAUGGGGUGGUAUACAAAGCGAAGGAUAAACUGACCGGCAAAUUGGUGGCGCUCAAGAAGAUUCGCUUGGAGACGGAAAGCGAAGGGGUGCCAUCAACUGCUAUAAGAGAAAUAUCGCUUUUGAGGGAACUUGCACAUCCUAACAUUGUGCAGUUAUUUGAUGUUGUCGAUGGUGAUAAGCAUUUAUAUCUUGUGUUUGAGUUUCUCCAACAGGAUCUUAAGAAAUUAUUAGAUUCUGUUAAAAGCGGUUUGGAUCAAGCGCUUGUUAAGAGCUACCUUUUUCAGUUACUAAACGGGAUUUCCUUUUGUCAUUUAAAUCGCAUAUUGCACAGAGACUUAAAACCUCAAAAUCUGUUAAUUGAUCGCGAAGGAUCUAUUAAAUUAGCCGACUUUGGUUUAGCUAGAACUUUUUUGAUUCCUGUGAGAACUUACACACAUGAGGUAGUGACACUCUGGUACCGUGCACCAGAGAUACUCUUAGGAACUAAAUUAUAUUCAAGUGCUGUGGAUAUAUGGAGCCUUGGCUGUAUUUUUGCAGAAAUGGCUACAAGAAGAGCACUCUUCCCAGGUGAUUCAGAGAUAGAUCAAUUGUUUAAAAUAUUUCAUUUGCUUGGAACGCCAGAUGAAAGUAUCUGGCCAGGUGUAACGCAGCUUCGUGAUUACAAAUCAAUGUUUCCAAGAUGGGAGCCGACUGAUUUAGAUGAAGCUGUACCUACUUUAGAUGCAGAAGCCAAAGAUUUACUCAUGAAACUCUUGAUAUACGAUCCUAAUGAAAGGAUAACAGCUAGGAAAGGUUUGAAUCAUUCGUAUUUUGCUGAUGUUAAAAUAGUACGACCGCCUUUGCCAAAGAAAAAGUGACAUAGAUUUACGAUACUACAACCAACAGGAUAUCAUAUUUUCAUUUUAGGAUGUAUCAUAACGUUUAACAUAAGAUUUAAGUUACAAUAUUCUAGAGAUGUUUUAUUAAGGAGACGGUGUAAUUUUGAUAUACGACAAAGUGUUCAUUUAAAUAUAUAUUUGAUACGGUUUAAAUUAAAUAAACGAUUUAUAUUCUGCUAUGUCAUAUAUUAAUACGAUUCAUCCUCCGUAAGAUAAUAAAAUGUAAGCCAACACAAUACAAAUUAAGCACAAGAAAAAAAAAA